GAUCGAUCGAUCUCCACCGGCGCCUUUGAGCAAUCCUUCCCUGUUCUCGCCUCUCCUCUCGUCGCGUCUCUUCUCUCUCUCUCGGUGGUUCUCUUCCGGCUUAUCCCUACGAUCAUCGCGAGCGCCCAGCAGAUGAACGGAGCUCUGGAGACUCCUCGUGUCGAAGAGUUUUAUUGGACAUAAAAGUGGAAUUAUUGGGACUAGCUGUUUUGGAAGUGUAAAGUCGAGAUGAUGGAUUAUCAGAACUUAAACUUCUAUCUCAAAAAGUCGAGAAAGGAACUUCAGAAAUUGUGCAAGCAGCAUGAUCUUCCUGCAAAUAGAAGCCAUGCUCAACUAGCCAAGUCGCUGGUUUCACUGUUUAAGAAAAGAAAUGCCAGUUCAGCAUCAUCACUGGAGAAAUCAACUAAUUCUAAGGAUGGAAUUUCCAAAAAAUCAUUUGUAUUAGAAACAAAAGUCAAACAAACAUUCAUUUCUCUGGACGAAUCAGCCGGAGGACUGUUUGGAAGAUCAAAUUCUUCUAUGGUUAAUAUACAUGGACGGUCUUCUAGCGUUAGUGAAAUUCCAGGUGAAAGUAGAUCACUCUGUCAGACUGGUAAUCAAAUGAAACUUAUUGGCCAUAUGGUCAAUCUAACAUCUGAAAAGCCACAAACAUGGCCUGCUAAUAAUAAAGGUACGGAAGGUUUUGGAUCUUCUUCUGAGCAUUGUAACAUGGGAACAAUAUCUUGUGUUGCUGCUGAUAUCCAAGAAAUUGCAACAAAUCGACUUCAUGGUCUGGAUUGCAAGGAAGCGAGUUUCAGAAGUGCAUCUGGAAAAUUGUUGGAUCAUAGAAAUCCAGAGGAGAAAUUAACCCAGGAUGCUAUUACAAACAGUAGAACUUGUAAUACCAUUCCUGUACCAUGUGAACAUAAUAAACCUCAGGAAUACUCCAUGGAAAGUGGGUUUGUAUCUGCUGAUGAAAUUUCUACAAGAACCCCUUCACUUCAAUUCUUUGUGAUGUCAGAGGAGGGAAUUAAUUUAUAUGUUGAUUUGAAUUCUAGUCCAUUAGAAUGGAUCAAUAGCUUAAAGGAUGAAGUGUGUGUCCAUCAAAAUGCAGAACAUCAUGAGUCAAUGACUCUUUCAAAAGAUAUUAGUGGUUCACCAGAAGAUGAUCAUAUGAAAAUUUCACCAUCUGUUGACAGUGGGAUGCACCUUCAGUGUGUUGGAGUUGAUCGGAACACUGGUUGUACUAAUUCAUCAUUGAGUUCAGUUGUCAGUGAGAAUUGCAAUUCUGAGGCUUACCCACCUGACACAACUGUGGUGACAUCUGGAUCUUCUGUUUUGACAUCAGGCAGUGUUCCUGCUGGCUUAUCAGGUUUGGAGGAGAAUCAAGUGGUUUCAUCUUCUUGUGCAGCUUACUCAGUUCAAAACAACGUGGCAUCUGAUAUUGCAUCUUGUCCUCAAGAAGGUACAGUGUUAAUUCAAGACUCUAUUGAUGCUUCCUUUGCAAUGGUCAAGGGCAAUGCAUCACUUCCUGAUGCUUCUACAAAAUCUAUUGAUAACAAGGAUGUUGGUGCCAUUACUCCUGUUACAACUGAUGGCUUCAUUUCUAAGACUGCAUGCAUUGAUUUUGUUGGUGUUGAAGAUAAUGCUGUAUCUAAUACAUUGAGUGACGUUCCUGAUAAAAGUAACCUUCCUAUGUCCAAGGAUAUACAGAAUAGUACAGACACUAAUCAUUAUGGCCAUCUUAAUAAUUAUAGUAGAGCAUGUGAAGACUCAAUUAUGCAUGCCACCGACGAGCUGCCAGAGAAUGCCAGUCCACACGAAGGGUUGCCAAAUUCUGUUCAGCUUAUUGGACCGAUGGUACCAGAUGGUCCAAUGGCCGAUGCACAGUCAGAGGUGGGGGCAGCAGAUGGCCUUCUCUAUCAACCAGUAUGUGUUAACUCUGGAACGGUGAAUCCUGAGGAUCAAACUUCAACGUUUCAAGAUGAAUCGGGUCACAGCACACCAUUGAGGGGAAAGGACACUUCAGAAUGUUCUGGAGUGCAGACUUCCCUAGACAAUUGCUCUAAGAGAUCUAGCAACUUAGAGUUUCCUGAGGAGAUCCAUGUUAAGAGGCAGCACACUUGUGAAAAUAUGAGUGGGACAAUCAUGGACUUAAAAAGCACUAAAAGUUCAGCCAAGGAAGCAAUGUCUGAUGAGGUUGUUAUACCUAGGCGUUCCACAAGGCUUGUCUCUAAGUAAAAUCCAUUGCAAGUCACAAACGACUGUUCCUGUACUGUGUUACAGUUGCCAUUUGUUGUUUGCUCCAGAGACCAAGCUUUCUAUUUGAACUUCAAAAAACAACUUUAAACACUGAACCAACUCCAGCGCCUGUCAUCAAGAGGAUUGUAGGCCAUGAGGGUUCCAUGUAGAAUCUUGAAAUAACACCCAGAUGGCAACAGCAUUGCAUCAUGGAAUUGGUUCAAGACCAGCAUCUGAAAUUCCAUCCUAUCCCUUCUAAGUUCCUGGUAUUUCACAAUGCAAAGGGAACAAGCCCUCUCAAAAUCAACUUUGUAUUUAUGUUUAAUGUUGCUAGACAUUCAUACAGGUCGAUCAUUUUUCAAUAACAUAGAAGACUUGUAUUGUAUGUGUUCAUUACUUGUACACUUCAUUAUAAGUUUCAGAUCAGUUAUUUAACUGAUAGUUGAUGUGUAAUGAAAUACUGAUAUGGAAUUUGAUGGAUUAAGUUUCUGAUUAAUGUUAA